AUGGAAGGGGUAAACAAAUUAAUUGAUUUUGCAAUUAAGCAUAGAUGUAUUGAAGGAAGAAUAUUGUGUCCUUGCGUGAAGUGUAAAUUUAGGUAUUGGUUAUAUAAAUUUGACGUGAAAGAACAUUUAAUUUGUGAUGGGAUUGUACCUGGAUAUGUUCAUUGGAUUUGGCAUGGUGAAGGGGGAUCUUUAGACACUUCUAGUAGCACUCCUAAUGUUGUGCCUACUAAUGUGCAAAUUGAGAAUCCUGAAGUAAAUAUCAUUCAUGAUGCUUUUGCACAUAUUUUACAUGGUAUAAAUGAGCCUUCAACAUCACAACAAACACUACUUGGGGAUGGAGUAUUACCUAGAGAGGAUAGUGAAGACAGUAAAAUAUUUUAUGAGUUGCUCAAAGAUGGAAAUCAAGAGUUGUAUGAAGGGUGUAACAAGUACUCAAAAUUAUCAUUUUUGUUAAAGUUGUACCACAUCAAGUGCUUGGGUGGAAUAAGCAAUAAAGCAAUGUCUAUGAUUUUUGAAUUGUUAAAAGAUGCUUUUGAACAAGCAAGGCUUCCUGAUUCUUUCUAUGAGGCAAAAAAAACCAUCAAUAGACUUAGUCUUAAUUAUGUUAGCAUUCAUGCAUGUCCAAAUGAUUGUAUGCUAUACUGGGGAGAUGAUAAAGCUACAGAAACAUGCAAAGUAUGUCAUACUUCAAGAUGGAAACAACCAAACGGGAAGAAUGGUGGUGAUGUGCGUUGUGGUAGAAAGUUUAAAAAGAAACCUUCUAAAGUGUUGCGUUACUUCCCUCUUAAGCCUAGGUUGCAACGGUUGUUUAUGUCUUCUAAAACUGCUGAAUAUAUGAGAUGGCAUGCUAUGGAUAUUAACAAAGAUGGGUUGAUGCGACAUCCUAGAGACUCUGAAUCAUGGAAGCGAUUUAAUGAAGUCCAUGUAGAAUUUGCUGUUGACCCACGAAAUGUAAGACUUGGGUUAGCUGCGGAUGGUUUCAAUCCAUUUGGACAUCAAAGUUCUACACAUAGCACUUGGCCUGUGAUUUUAAUUCCUUAUAAUUUGCCUCCAUGGAUAUGUAUGAAACAAACCUCAUUUAUUUUGUCUAUGAUUAUUCCUGGGAAAAAGAUGCCAGGGAAUGAUAUAGAUAUUUACAUGCAACCAUUGAUUAAAGAGUUAAAUGAGUUGUGGAGUUUUGGAAUAGAAACAUUUGAUGCUUCACAGGGUCAGUUUUUUAAACUACAUGCAGCUCUAAUGUGGACAAUUAGUGAUUUUCCUGGGCUAGGUAACUUAUCUGGGUGGAAUACACAUACAGGGCUAGCAUGCCCCUCAUGCAACUUUGAUUUUUUGCCAAAUCGCCUUCCACAUAGUAGGAAGUGGUGUUUUAUGGGUCAUCGUCGGUUCUUAGGGUCUUCUCAUCGGUAUAGACAUCACAACUCUAAAUUUGAUGGAACCAAAGAUUUGAGAAGUCCGCCAAAGAUGUUGUCAGGUUCAGAUGUUUUGAAUCAGCUUGCAGAUAUCAAUAUUACAUUUGGGAAAAACCUAGAAAUGACUGAGAAGGGGAAAAGAUCACGAGUGAGAAGAGUUGAAGAUGGUGAUACGCAACAAUGGAAGAAGAGAAGUAUAUUUUUCCAACUCCCUUAUUGGGAAUUCAAUUUGUUGCACCACAACCUUGAUGUCAUGCAUAUUGAAAAAAAUGUUUUUGACAAUGUGUUGUUUACUUUGCUAAAUGACGCUGCAAGAUCAAAAGAUAAUCUAAAUGCUCGAAUGGAUUUAGUGUCAAUGGGUAUAAGAGAUGACCUUUGGCCUAAUGAAAAUGGAAAAUACUCUCCAAGUUGUUUUACAAUGACAAAUACAGAAAAAGAUGUAUUUCUUGCAACACUAAAGAGUGUAUUACUGCCAGAUGGUUACUCAAGUAAUAUUUCAAGAUGUGUUGAUUUGAAGAAUCGCAAGAUACAUGGAUUGAAAAGUCAUGAUUGUCACAUUCUUAUGGAACAUCUAUUGCCAAUUGCCAUACGUAAUCUAUUACCAGAUCAAGUUUGUAUGGUUUUGGUAGAAUUGGGUUCUUUUUUCAGACAAAUAUGUAGUAGAGUAUUAAAUGUCAAAGAGCUUGAUAACCUUCAAAGUCGACUUGUGCUAACAUUAUGCCAUAUGGAAAUGAUAUUUCCACCAUCAUUUUUCACAGUAAUGGUGCAUUUAGUUGUUCACCUUGUUGAUGAGGUUAAGCUUGGAGGUCCUGUUCCAUACCGAUGGAUGUACAGCAUUGAGAGGUACUUAGGACAUUUGAAGUCUUUUGUACGCAACCGAGCAAACCCAGAAGGUUCUAUAGCCGAAGGUUAUAUUGCUGAAGAAUGUCUUACAUUUUGCUCAAGGUAUUUAGAAGGUGUUGAAACAAGGUUCAACCGAUCUAGGCGUGUUGAUGAUGUGCCAUUUUAUGCUGAAAAUAUUCAAAGCAAUAUCUUCAAACAAAUUGGUCGACCAGUAGGCAGUGUUUCAACUUUCCAACUAACUGAUAUAGAGAAACAACAAGCACAUCGAUAUGUGCUAAUGAAUUGCAAACAUGUUGACAAAUACGUUGAGGAAUUUACAGUUUUAACGAAGAGACGACUAAGAAGGCGGACGAGAUCUUCUGCUGAGAUUCAAAAAAUAGUUAAUAGAGAUUUUUCCAAUUGGUUUGCAAAGAGAAUCCUAAAUAAUGACAAUCAAGAGCAAGUGUCAGAUGACAUUAUGUUUUUAGCAAGAGGUCCACUUACUCAUGCUAGAAGAUUUUCUUCAUAUAACAUUAAUGGUUUAAGAUUUCAAACAGUGAACCGAGAAGAAGGACUGAAGUCUCAAAAUAGUGGAGUAUUUGUUAUUGCUGGAACUCCAAGUGUUGCAAGUAGUCGUGAUACUCAUGGGGUUUUUGGAGAUGUUGCUUAUUAUGGAAAAUUUGUUGACAUCAUUGAACUCAAUUACUACAGCAAAUUUGUGGUUACACUAUUUAAGUGUAUAUGGGCUGAUACGACUACUCCAAGAGGGAUAAGAAGAGAUCAUUAUGGCUUCACCGAAGUUAACUUCUCUAGAACAAUACAUGUUGGAGAUAGUAUAGAUGAUGAACCAUAUGUGUUAGCUGAACAAGCUCAGAUGGUGUUUUAUGUCACUAAUGAGAUGGAGAAAGAUUGGAAUGUUGCAAUACCUUUCAAACCAAGAGACUUUUUUGACAUGGGUGAAAAUGCUGACAGUAGCGUAUAUGAUUGUACUUCAAUCUCAAGUGAAAACCAAAAUCCUGUGGUUUUAAAUGAGAUUGAAAAUUUGCAGUUAACAAGAGAAGAACUAAAUGAUGAAAUAACCACUGUUGUUGAUAGUGGAAUUGAAAGAGCAGAUAAUGAUUAA